UGUAAAUACUUUAAGGGGAAAAUAAUAAUAAUAAUAAAAGCUAAAGUAAAAGAAGAUGGGGCAUAUUCAGAAGUUAGAGACCCAUAUUCUACUAGACAGCACAGCAGUCCUCCUAUUUAGAAUUCCAUAACAAUGGCAGUCCAAGAAAGUUCAGAUCUUGAAAGCUUUGCUCAAAACCAGGUCCAGUCGGAUCAAGAUCAUCUUCCUCUAGUCCUCGUGCAUCGUCUUCCUUCCUUUGACAUCCCACUCACGCCCCUCUUACAAUCCCACUUCAUCGUUCUCGAUCCCCACCAUUCUUCUCACUCACCGCCAAACUCCUUCCUCUACUCCCAAGCUCAGUCCGUACGUGCCCUCGUCGUCUACGGUCCCUGCCCGCUCACCGCCGACACCAUUCGACUCCUACCUUCCUUGGAGCUCGUGGUUGCGACCUCCGCCGGCGUCGAUCAUAUUGACGUCUCCGAGUGCCGCCUCCGUGGCAUCACCGUCACCAAUGCCGGUGAUGCCUUCUCUGAGGAUGUAGCUGACUAUGCGGUCGCUCUGCUGGUCGGCGUUCUUCGUCGGUUAACGGCGGCUGACCGGUAUGUACGCUCUGGGCUGUGGCGAUUAAACGUAGAGUACCCACUUGGGUCCAAGAUAGGUGGAAAGCGAGUGGGGAUUGUUGGGCUUGGACGUAUUGGCUCCGAAGUUGCAAAAAGGCUUAUGGCAUUUGGCUGCAGCAUUGCUUACAACUCUAGGAAGAAAAAACCAUCCGUUCCAUACCCUUACUUUGCAAAUGUCUACGAUCUUGCCACAAACAGUGACGUUCUUGUAGUUUGUUGUGCGCUGACAUCUGCAACUCAUCACAUAAUUAGCAGAGAAGUUAUGAAAGCACUUGGAAAGGAGGGGGUGCUAAUCAACGUGGGACGUGGCGCUCUUGUAGAUGAGAAGGAGCUGUUUCAGUUUUUGACAAGAGGAGAAAUCGGUGGUGCAGGUCUUGAUGUGUUUGAGAACGAGCCCGAUGUGCCUAGAGAAUUAUUUACUCUGGAUAAUGUUGUACUGUCUCCACAUAAAGCUGUGUUGACACCAGAGUCCCUUGAGUCAGUGUUCCAACUGGUGUUAGCCAACUUGAAAGCUUUCUUUUCGAAUAAACCUUUAAUGUCAGUUGUGCAUCAAGAAUAAAGCAAACAACCUUAAGAC